UUAAUUUUAAGGAAGCUUUGACUGUUCUACUUGGAGUUGUGAGAAAGGUUUGCCCAAUGGCCUCGCUAGCAGUAUCCAUCAACCAGUUUGCUCUGGAGUUUAGUAAAAGACUAGCUGAGUCUGCUGAGGGUAGAAACAUCUUCUUCUCCCCCUGGGGAAUCUCAACUUCCUUGACUAUGGUGUAUUUGGGUACCAAAGGUACUACUGCAGCCCAGAUGUCCCAGGUACUUCAAUUUAGCAGCAUCCAAGACUUCAAAUCUGGUCCUGAUAGUGAAAAGAAAAGGAAAAUGGAAUUUAACUCAGGCAAGGUUGAAGAAAUACAGUCUGCUUUCCAGACCCUUGCUGCAGAAAUUCUCAAGCCUGGAAAUUCUUACAUACUUAAAACAGCUAAUAGGAUAUACGGGGAGAAAACAUAUCCAUUUCAUAAUAAAUAUUUGGAAGACAUGAAAACAUACUUUGGGGCAGAACCACAGUCUGUUAAUUUUGCUGAGGCUGCUGGACAGAUCAGGAAAGAGAUCAACUCCUGGGUUGGAUGCCAGACUGAGGGUAAGAUUCCAAACCUCCUCCCAGAUGACUCAGUAGGCAGCAAUACUAAGAUGGUUCUGGUGAACGCCCUUUAUUUUAAAGGAACCUGGGAGCAUCAGUUCUCAGUGGAGAACACCACUGAAAGGCCUUUCAGAAUAAACAAGACCACAAGCAAACCCAUGCAAAUGAUGUCAAUGAAACAGAGUCUUCAAGUCUUCCACAUUGAGGAGCUGCAAACCAUAGGCCUUCAACUCAACUAUCAGAACCGUGAACUCAGCUUGCUUCUACUGCUGCCAGAAGAAAUGGAUGGCCUGCAAAAGCUGGAGAGAGCCAUCACUUAUGAGAAACUGGAUAAGUGGACCAGUCCAGACAUGAUGGAUACAUAUGAAGUGCAGCUGUACCUCCCCAAGUUCAAGAUGGAGGAGAGUUACGACCUCAAGUCAGCCCUGAGAGGUAUGGGGAUGACCGAUGCUUUUAGCCAGAGUGAAGCUGAUUUCUCAAACAUGUCUUCAGAGAGAAACCUAUUUUUAUCCAAUGUUUUCCAUAAGACUUUUCUGGAAAUAAAUGAAGAAGGCACCGAGGCUGCAGCUGGCACUGGAAGUGAAGUCAGUGUUCGAAUUAAGGCACCUUCCAUUGAAUUAAAUGUGGAUCAUCCAUUUCUAUUUUUCAUCAGGCACAACAGAACCAAAAGCAUUCUAUUUUGCGGAAGAUUCUGCUCCCCCUAAAGUCUGUGUCUCUCAUUUAACGAGAACAUCUUAUAGUACAAAACAAACAAACAAACAAACAAACACAAAACCCCAUAUUAUGAGAUGAAAAAUCAGACAUCACAAAAUCAGUCUAUACACAUUUCCUGCUUGCAUCCUAAUAAAUGAACCUUCAGAGAAUGUGUUCUUUCGAUCCUGU